CGUCAGAGGAGUCCAGACCUAUUCACAAUUCAAAGCCCUAAAAACACUGAGGGGUUGGCCGUUGGUUUCCAGUUGUAGAAGCCUGUGAAUGGCUAUGCGUCCUGGUUUGGUGCUCAAAGCAAGGUGGUGAAAGGCGACCGGCAUUGGCGAAUGGGGUCCCUCCCCUCUCCGCAGGCCCCGCCGCCGCCAUCUUUGUUGGGGGCAGCCGGGCCUGGCUCGAGAUGCCGAAGUCGUGCGCGGCCCGGCAGUGCUGCAACCGCUACAGCAGCCGCAGGAAGCAGCUCACCUUCCACCGGUUUCCGUUCAGCCGCCCGGAGCUGCUGAAGGAAUGGGUGCUGAACAUCGGCCGGGGCAACUUCAAGCCCAAGCAGCACACGGUCAUCUGCUCAGAGCACUUCCGGCCAGAGUGCUUCAGCGCCUUUGGAAACCGCAAGAACCUGAAGCACAAUGCCGUGCCCACGGUGUUCGCCUUUCAGGACCCCACACAGCAGGUGAGGGAGAACACAGACCCUGCCAGUGAGAGAGGAAAUGCCAGCUCUUCUCAGAAAGAAAAGGUCCUCUCUGAGGGGGGGGCCAGAGAGGACAGUCCUGGGAGAAACAUGGACACUGCACUUGAAGAGCUUCAGUUGCCCCCAAAUGCCGAAGGCCCAGUAAAACAGGUCUCACCACGGAGGCCGCAAGCAACAGAGGCUGUUGGCCGGCCGACUGGCCUUGCAGGCCUGAGAAGGCCCCCCAACAAGCAGCCAUCUGAUCACAGCUAUGCCCUUUUGGACUUAGAUUCCCUGAAGAAAAAACUCUUCCUCACUCUGAAGGAAAAUGAAAAGCUCCGGAAGCGCUUGCAGGCCCAGAGGCUGGUGAUGCAAAGGAUGUGCAGCCGCCUCCGUGCCUGCAAAGGGCACCGGGGACUCCAGGCCAGACUUGGGCCAGAGCAGCAGAGCUGAGCCCCACAGGCUCCGGACGCAGAGGUGGCAGUGGCAUCAGGGCCGGCAGGGCUUUGGAGUUCUGGCUGUGGACAUUUUUGUCUGCUGUGGACACUGAGAAAGUUGGCCAUGAGGCCUGCUUGGCCGGGGAUCGAGACAGUAGCCAAGCUCCCUGGCGAGAGCCCCGACACCGUCUGGCGGAUGUUUAGAGGCGUGGCACUAGGGUGCACAUCUGUGAGCAUGACAAGCUUAUCCUCCCAUGGUAACAGAAGUCCAGGCUGAGGCUGAUUCUGGACGCUGUCCUUUCAGCACAUGCAGGGCGAAGAUCACUGGAAGCCGGUGUGGGAGAUGCUCCUCAGGGAGGAAGCUGUGUGAGGGAGCCGGCUCUGUGGCGGGUGAGUGGUCCCCUCCUCCAUCAGCCUGGACGGUCGCUUGGGGUUCUAAGGAGUGACUCCUGUCCCGGCCUGUUGUGAGUGGGCAGUGUAAUAAAGUGUCUUUCUAUA